AUGUCGGCGAACUCUCGGACAACCGGCGGAGUGUCUCACCUACACUAUUUCGCCGAAACUUUUUGUCCAGUGUUAGAACGAAAUAUUCGAGAUGUUGUUUCGGCUGAUAAUAUGAGAUUGUUGGUUCCGUAUGAUGAUGAAAUGGAUGAAGAAGAACAAGCAUUUAAAGAGGCAAUUGAAGAAAGAUUAAUUGAGGCUGUUGAUGCUGCUCUUACUGCAAUGGUCAUAAAGUACAGGUUUGUUUUUUUCCUUUUGUUUAAAAUAAAAUCGUUGUUUUCGAUCUAAAUAUAGAGUAUUUGUCGUCUUUAAGGGUCCUAUGAAUGUUUUUCAGUUAG